AUGAUUAUAUUUUAUUUGUUUUCGUUAUUAUUAUUAUUAUUGUUGUUGGUUUUGUUUUCCGUACAGGUUCAAGCAUCGGACACGUUGAAUUCCGUGGCAGCGAGAUUCGACAUCACACCAUCGGAAUUAAGGAAAUUAAAUCGAUUAGCGUCAAGCCUCAUAUUUCCGGGACAAUUGAUUCACGUGCCGGACAAAAAGAAUCCAGGAGAAGGUGACGAAAACGCCGACGAAACAUUGACGUCGGUGUCAACGUCCGAAGAUGGAGAACACGAACCUCUCUCCGAGGAAAAGGAAAUCCUAGAUAAUUUAAGGCCCGUGUCACCCAAACCGGGUCACAUAGAACGUGUAAAAGCUCCGACGUCGCCGCAAUCGAGGAGACACGAAGCUAGAUUUUUGAAAAUAAACGUUCGACUUAUAACAGAUGGACAGGGUGUUGUGAGCGGAGUACUUUUGGUUACUCCAAAUACCGUCAUGUUCGAUCCAAACGUUUCGGAUCCAUUGGUCAUCGAACACGGUUCGGAAUUUUACAGUGUCAUUGCUCCCAUGGAGUUGGUUGUUAAUGCGGCUAUUUAUUAUGACAUAGCUCACAUGAAAGUAGGGCACAAGCACAAUAAGUCAGACUGUAUAAAACCGGAAAUUUAUUAUGCCGAACCGAAAAAACUUUCUCUCGAACCCCAAGGAUCACCGGGACGGGAUUCAUUGUUAGUUAAAGACGAAACAUUUCCCGAAUUAGCUCCGAGUAAAGGAAGUUCCGAUGAGGAUAACGAAAGUUUAAGUUCCUACGUGGGACGAGACGGCGAUGCUUUUCCAAAAGCUUUCGAUCGCGAUCUCGUCACUCCUACUAAUUUAAACGCAACUCCUACCAACAACCAAACAACGACACAAGAUGUGACUCUAGUCUCGCAACAAAGUUGUCCGGAAACGGGAAGUUCGAAACCUCGAACGUUGGAAGAAAGACGAACAUCUUCUCUCGAUCAUCACUGGGCAAUUCCUAAACCAAAGUCUAUUUCGGAAACUGUGAGUUUUCAAUCCGAAAGUGAAAAAAAAAUCCCCUCGUCGGAAGAAUCAGCACAAAAAGUCGAAGAAGUAACCUCUUCGUCUUCUUCUUCGUCUUCAUCAUCUUCCGAAAAACCACACAAAGAAGAAAGUUUGGAAGACAAAAGUCAAUUGACAAAACUUUCUUGUUACGACUCAGGGAUAGACAUAAGGGAUUCGGCGUCGUCAACGAAUCACCAAGAGGUACCCAUCGUGGUGACGCCGCUGAGAAGAGUGACACGUGACGCCGACAUAAUUUUUUCAUCGAAAGACGAAUGCGUUGUUUUGGUAUCAAAUCCGGAUAUGAAAAAGAAAAACAAUUCCGUUUCGUUUAGCGUCGAUUCUGAAAGUAAUAACAAUAAUAAUAAUAAUAAUAGUAAUAAUAGUAAUAGUAAUGGUAAAGAAACAGGAAAAGAGGAAAAGGAAGAUGAAAAAGUACCGGAGGGAAAAAAAAGCAAAAUGUUAAAACGACUUUCGUAUCCCCUGGCUUGGAUGGAAGGAUCACUCGUGAGCGAAUCAAAGGAUUCGGAAAAGGAUUCACUUUCUUCGUUGCCAACUUCAGCUGAUUCUCAACAUUCUUCCGUUUUUUCAAAAGUUUUUUCAAGGCGAUCUUCCGUUGGAGCUUUCAUAAGAAGUUCAAAUUCUCACGAAGAUGGAAAAGGAAAUUCUUCAAGGAGUGCGACACCUAAAUUGGAUUAUAGGAGCAUGGUAUCCGUUGAAGACAUGCCCGAAUUAUUUGUUUCAUUCGAUAAAUUAAUACUAAGACCAGCGAGACCGUGCGAAGAUCCACCCUUGUAUCUAAGACUAAGAAUGGGAAAACCCAUAAAUAAAAAAAUACCAAAAUCAACUCUCAUAAUGUCUUAUGGUAAGAAGAAAAUGAGGCCGGAGUAUUGGUUUGGUAUACCGAGGAAUAGGGUUGAUGAACUUUACAAUUUCCUACACAUUUGGGUUCCGCAUUAUUACGGAGAUCUCGAAGAUAUGGAUUUGAAAUCCCGAGGUUACGAACUCGUGGAAUCAGACACGGAACUUUGGGACGACGAAGAGACGACGCAGGGUGAAGGAGUCGGAGAAUCCGGUGACAACGAUGAUCUCACGGAUUUGACGAGAGAAUCGUGGGAGGUACUGUCUAUGAGCGAAGAAUUACGUAGAGCAUUAUACGCAUCAUCGGUUGGAAGUCUCGAUUUGGAAACGUACGUUCCGGAUCUCGUGGGUUCGACGGAAAUACUAACGGAAGAACACCGGAAACAACUUUGCAGACAUUUGCCGGCAAGAGCGGAAGGAUACCUAUGGACUCUUGUUUUCAGCACGUCUCAACAUGGAUUUUCACUCAAUUCCCUCUAUAGGAAAAUGACGAGAAUCGAAAGUCCGAUAUUGCUCGUCAUACAAGACACUGAUAAUAACGUUUUCGGAGCUUUGACUUCCUGUUCUCUCAAGGUGAGCGAUCAUUUUUACGGAACCGGAGAAUCUCUUCUAUUCAGGUUCAAUCCAGAGUUUAGUGCCUAUCAGUGGACGGGUGAUAACAUGUAUUUCAUAAAGGGAAACAACGAAUCGUUGGCCAUAGGUGCCGGAGACGGUAAAUUCGGUCUUUGGCUGGAUGGUGAUUUAAAUUUGGGACGUUCGGAAAAGUGCACGACCUACGGUAACCCCCCGCUGUCAUCCAAAGAAGACUUUGUCGUCAAAACUCUGGAAUGUUGGGCGUUUAUAUAA